UCCACGACAGCUGGAAGCCAAGCGAGCGGCAAAGGGCGCAUCGCUUCUUCUUCUGGAAAGGAUCGGGACCAACCAGGCUUCUGCUCGUCUCGGCAACCCCCUCCAGAGACACCCUGGUCUGGCAUGGGCGACAAGAGGAGUCCCACAAGGCCGAAGCGUCAACCGAAGCCCUCCUCCGACGAGGGGUUUUGGGACUGCAGCGUGUGCACGUACAAGAACACAGCGGAGGCUUUUAAGUGCAUGAUGUGUGAUGUCAGGAAAGGGACAUCAACAAGGAAACCACGCCCAGUCUCCCAACUCGUCUCACAGCAGCAGGCCACUCAGCAGUUUGUGUUACCCCCGCAGCCCAAAAAGGAAAAGAAGGAGCGUCUGGAGAGGGAGAAGAGCGACAAGGAGCCGGCGCUCAAGAGAAACAGUCACAAGAAGAUGAGGCCCAGAUUAAAAAAUAUCGACCGCAGCAGCGCCCAGCACCUGGAGGUGACGGUCGGCGACCUGACAGUCAUCAUCACAGACUUUAAGGAGAAGGCGAAGCCCUCAUCCACGUCGGCGUCCUCAUCCUCCAGCGCCACGUCCGUCGCCGAACACCACAGCCAGAACGGCUCCAGCUCGGAAGCCACGGAGAAAGGGCUGUCUCGUUCGUCCUCGCCUCGCGGAGAGGGGAGCUCGGUCAACGGGGAGUCUCACUGAGUCCACCCAACCCACUCCCACUAAACUUUUUGUUUCAGUGGGAGCCAUAAGAUUCAGCAUUACACUUAACACUAUCCAGGCUCCAUCUUGAGAGGACCCACACAUGAUGCAAAGCUUCCUCAAAGACAGCUAACAGCCUUUUUACAGGACUGUGAAACACGCUUAGACAAGCUUUGGACAGUGGGAACAUAACUCUAGGGAGGCACCAUUUCAUAUUUUCUUUAUUUUGGGCUUAUCAUUGAUCAGUGUGCAGCCUUUCCGUCAUCUUUCACCACCUUUUGUUGGACGAUUCCAUAAAGACUGGAGAAUAUUGCUCAAGUUUGUUCAGACAAAAGGUUUUUGGAUUAAAGCCCAGUUUUAGGGAAGGUUUGGUAUAUUAUUGUAUAGGCUAAAGCCAGUGUUUUUGUGUCUAGCUAAGUGGAUUGAUGAUCUCUAAUAACACUAUUGAAUUAAUUGAUGGAAUUGAGAUGAGUGCAGAACUUAAAAGUAACUCAGGAUUGAUACAAACAGAAUUAGUUAUGUUUCUGUAUUUUCCAACAUGUCUGUUUUGAUUUGGGGUUUUCAGCUAAACAAGCUCGCAGGUUUGCAUUUGAAUAUACUAUAAUUACCGCUGCACAAAUGGCUACUCCUGCACGACAGAAGCCAGGGAUACCGCUCUGUGGACCCAAUUCUGCAUAAGGCACCACAAGGACAAAGACAAGAAGACUUGCAUUUCUUGUAGCGAGCUUUAGAUGUACUAAACUGAUAAUUUAUAUAGUCAUCCUAACUACACAAGUCCUCAGAUAAAAUGGAUAUUUCCAGCGACCAUAUUCUACCAUGUUUUGAUGUGGCUUUAUAAUCCAUCAUAUCAGUGUUAUUCUUUUCUUUUGAAAUCACUUUUAGCAGAGAUCUGUCACGGCAUGAUAACAUGGUAUAAUGUGGGGUGUUAGUAUUGUUUAGAGGUGUACUCAGAGGUUCACAACACUAGCUGGGACUAUGUGUGAGCCUAUGAGAACUGCCUAGAAAUGUGUUAUUUGGAUGGAAAUGUGUCGAUACAUUCGCUUUGCCAUGCUCAAUUGUUUUGAAAUGUGUGUUUAUUACAUGUCUAUAUUAGAAAGUAACAAAAUGCAAACUUAUAUGCAGUUUUGCUUGGAUUUCUUCUAUUAAAAUGCCUUUAGUUAGUACAUGGCCAACAUAGGCAACAUAGUGAUCUUUUGCUAUAGUAAAUUUUUGGAUUGAUUCAAUAAUUUUUCUAAGUUCGGGGUG